AUGAGCUACCAUCAGCCUCUCUAUCAAUUUGAGAAACUCGACAAAGACAAGGCUAACUAUACUACAACUGAAUUCCGAAACAAUGUCCUAGCACACGCCGAAUUCGGCAAGCUCUUCGGCUUGCCUGUUAUCAUGACGACUUCUGCAGAGACAGGACCAAACGGACCACUUCCGAAGGAAAUCCUGGAAAUGUACCCAAACGCGCCUCUAAUCAAAAGAAAUGGCGAAGUCAAUGCUUGGGACAACCCGAAGUUCAAAGCAGCUGUCGAAGCGACUGGCAGGAAACAGAUCAUCCUAGGAGGCAUUGUCACGGAAGUUUGCACAAUGUUCCUCGCCCUUGCUCUUCGUGAAGCAGGAUACUCCGUUUGGGCCAAUACUGAAGCCAGCGGAACGGCAACCCCGAAGCUCGCUGAAGAUGCCAACCGAAGAAUGGAAGGUGCUGGAGUGCAUUUGACCGGAAUGUUUGGCAUUGCCAUGUUCCUCAUGAAAGAUUGGCGAAACACGCCUGGAACAGCUGAAGUUCUGCCUUUCUUGGACAAAUAUUUCCCGGCGUACGGCAUUGUUGCCAGAGCUCAUGGUUCAGCCAAGCUGACCGGAGAUAUUGUCCCCGGCGAGCAACAGCUACUCGGUUGAUAGGAGCACUACAACAGCAGAAGUCGGUUA